GUAUUUUUAACGGUAAGACAUCGAGGAGAAAAAAAAACACAAAAAAAAAAGAAACAAAAUGCCGAGCUGGCUUCUCGGGGCGGCCUGCGUGAAGUGCAAGCAGGGUCUGCAUUUCAACAAUGAUCGCCAGCUAUCCAAGAUGCUGGAAGUGUGUGGUCACCUCUAUCACGUGCAGUGCUAUGCAGCCCUCCUAGAGGAAAGCGAUGAGCGGAACCCUGCCGUGUGUUGCGAGUGCAAGGUACCGCUGGUGGAGCUCGGUGAUUUGAUCGAAGUGCGGACCUGCUUCAAGCGAGCGCGGACGACAGCAAACGAGUUUCGCACCAAAAAACUUGAGGAAAUCCAAUCUAUCCAUGCGCGCAAACAAAACGCAGAAGAGCAGAUCAAAAUGGAUCGAAAGGAGGCCAAAAGCUUGAGUGAAAGAGCGACGAACCUGAAACAGAAAAGGCUAGCGCUCGCGGAGCAAACCUUGGCCACGAAGCAGAGUCACGUGCUACGUCUGCAGAAAAAGAAGCAAGAAAGUGAAGAAAUCGAGCACCAGGGCCGACAGCUGUUGAACAUUUUCACUUUCUACAAGAAAUCCUGCGACGAGGAACAAGCGAAAAUGCCUCUGCCGGGCUCAUCGUCAGCUGGUGAUGGCGACGACAACCCCAUGCGAACAUUUUUCAACUGGAACUAUUUUAACGACAGCUUGGCGCAGGGCCUGUGCGAAGUCCGUGGAUUGCGUCGGUACGAAGAGAGGCAAUGGGGAAAGAUGCAAGUAGACUUGAACCGCAUUACUGACGAGGUCCAACAAAGCGAAACGAAGCUCGAGAAUUUGCAGCGGCGCAAACACGACCUGGAACAGGCCGCGCAGCGAAAGCGGAGGGAGCUCGAGGACGAGAAAUCAGGUCUAGAAUCGCUUAAAAAGCAGCGGGGUUUCGGCGCUCAAAAACAAAAAUUUACUCAAGCAACCAAAGCAGGAGGAACCGUGGGCGUGAACAGUCGUAGAAGCGCUGGCGUAGCUCCUUCGGACGAGGGAUCCUUUCCUACUUCCACAGCUUUCGCUCGAGGUAAAAAAAUGGAUUGGGGGUCUGGCAUAGCAAAAAACUACCCGUCGCAAUUUUUUCGAUAGCUGAUUUUUUUAAAACAAGACCUGGCUGGGAAAGAAAUGUCGAUCGAGUACGUGCAUAAGACUGAGGCUGCAGGACUUGUCCUGCUAUCUCCUGUCUGCGCGAUGAAUCCACCCCAUCAAGUUCUCUUCUUCUGCGAGUUUCAUUUUCAAUGGUGUUAGUGAAGAGUGAAACUGAAAGGUAGAUGUGAAAGUAAAUAAACCUAAACCUGAUGCAUGCAAUCAGAUUUCUGGUUCCGAUUUUGGAGAUAGCUUGAAAACUCCGUUGAAGAUAAAAACGCAGAGACGUUUAUACACGCUCGACAGGCCGUUGAUUGACCAAGAAUGUGUAGCUUUCUCUACUUUCCCGAAGCUGUGUCGAGAAUGCACAUGCAGCAGCAGCACUCAUCUUCCAUAUUACGGUUCCAUAUUCUCUUGUGCGCGUGACUCCGACAGUUCAAAUGCAGUAAAGAGCCCCUAUCAAAAGAAAGCACGUAGAAACCUUGGCCACUGUGCGUCGUAAAGUAGGCUAGUCGCCAGCAAAUUGGCGACGGUUAUCCUUUGCAGCUAUUAUUUUUUUUCAGGAAGCAGUAGGAGGAGAGGCCUACGUGCACGUGCACGUGGACAAGCAGGAGGCUGGGCCUACUGUCCGAAGGACCGGUGGUGAAAGAAGAAGCUUCUGAACGAGCCCACGGUUAGGAUACGUCGGUCGGCAUCGAUGCAAACAUUUGUUAUUGUAGUACCACUGCGCGGACUAGCCUAUACGAUGUACCUCUCAACAACUAGCAGCAAAAUUAGAGUCAUGAAUUCUGCGCAGCGACGUCGCGAGAGUUGUAUGACCAUUACUUGUUAGCUGAUGCCAGCUUGGCGUGUAAAAAAACAUUUGCAGUCGAAGAUCAUAUAGAUUGAAACAUAAUCGCGUCAAGUCGGCAUUUUCUUGACAGAAGAAAUAGAAAAGAUAGGGCGCUCUUUGUUCUUUUUUGUUGCCCUUCCCUCACGUAGCAAUACCAAUAUCUGCCACACAUUCACGACCACAGCGAUCGAAAAUUUCUUUUUCUUUUCCUUCUUUGAGCAGCGACACUGUUAUUUGCCAUUCUGCAACGAGGUC